AUGGAGCUGGCGGAUCAGGGACAGCCGCAGUCUGGCACUGCCUCCCAUUCUCGUCAGAGAACUUCGGUAGCAGAGUCCGACGCAAGAUAUCGCCAAUUCCUCCUCGACGCCGACGAGUUCGUGAAAAGACAUGAACUGGACAAGAUCCGUGGCGAGAUUCGGGCCGGGGCUGUGCUGUCUUGA